AUGUUUGCUGUCCUCACUUCUGCUACCAACGGUUACGAUGGAUCCAUGAUGAACGGUCUUCAGGCUUUGCCUCAGUGGGAAGCAUCAUUUCACAAUCCAGGACCAUCAACUCGAGGUCUAUUGAACGCCAUCAUGUCUGUCGGUUCCAUCGUCGCUCUUCCCAUCACGCCAUAUAUUGCCGAUAUUCUUGGCCGACGUGCUGGUGUCAUGACUGGAUGUGUCAUUAUGAUUAUUGGAGUUGUUCUACAAUCCAUUGGCAUCAAUAUCCAAAUGUUCAUUGCGGCUCGUUUCCUCAUCGGCUUCGGUGUCGCUAUUGCUCACGGAAGUGCUCCUCUCCUGAUUGCAGAGCUCGUACACCCUCAACAUCGAGCCAUUUUCACGACGAUCUACAACAGUACUUGGUACUUUGGUAGUAUCGUUGCCUCUUGGUUGACCUAUGGAACCUUCCAGCUUGCUGGUCCGUGGGCCUGGAGAAUCCCAUCAAUCGUUCAAGCUGCUCCUUCCUGCCUCCAGUUGAUUGCUAUCUGGAUGGUACCUGAGUCCCCUCGUUAUCUGAUCGCAAAGGGCAAGAACGAGAAAGCUUUGAACAUCCUAGCCAAGGCGCACGCCAAUGGCAACGUCGAGGACGAACUUGUUCAGAUCGAAUACCGUGAGAUCCGAGAAACCCUUCAGCUCGAGAAGGAGUUCGAGCAAAACGGAUGGCUCGAGUUUUUCCAAACCAAGGGCAACCGCCAUCGUCUCAUCAUUCUCAUCUCCCUUGGAUUCUUCUCCCAAUGGUCUGGCAACGGAUUGGUUUCUUACUACAUGAACCAAGUUCUUCAAGGAGCCGGUGUUACAAGUGCGAAGCUUCGUCUUGAGAUCAACGGUAUACUGAACAUCAUCAACUUCCUCACCGCUGUCACGAUGUGUUUCUUCAUCGACAAGUUCGGUCGUCGCCCAUUGUUCCUCUUCGCUACUGCCGGCAUGUGCGCAUCCUUCUGCAUCUGGACCAUCUGCGCUGCCGAGUUUACCAAGACCGCUGUUGCUGCUGCUGGACAAGCUGAAGUUGCCUUUAUCUUCAUUUACUACGUCUUCUACAACUGCGCUUGGUCUGGUCUGUUGGUCGGUUACGCUGUCGAGAUUCUCCCAUACAAGCUUCGUGCUAAGGGAUUGACCCUCAUGUUCCUCGCUGUCGAUCUUGCCCUCUUCUUCAACUCAUACGUCAACCCCGUCGCGCUCGCCGCUCUGGACUGGAAAUACUACAUCGUCUACGACGUCUGGUUGUUCGUCGAACUCUGCGUCGUCUUCUUCUUCUACAUCGAGACCCGUAACACUCCCCUUGAGGAGAUCGUCAAGUACUUCGAUGGCGAACAGGCAUUGCUCGGUGGUGACAUGGCUACCGAGAAGGCGAGGGCUAUUCUUAUUGAGGAGGCUGGUGAUCAUCACAACAAGACUGCCAUUGCUCAUACAGAGGAGGUCAGCAGUCCUAAUAGCCAGGACGGCAAGAUCUAA